GUUCCCGCCACGCAACGACAAGGGUGCCGCCUUCAUUUCUGGCUUGGCUCUGGAUACGCUCAACGAACAAAUCUAUGUGGCAAACUACUACGGGAACUCAGCCAAGCAGUCCCUGGCGAUGCUCCCUCUUCCCGAGAACAAGUUUUAUCCAGGUGAGAACAAAGUCGUCCACGCAAAGUACUGGCCCAUGGACUUGGUCGCCGAAGGUGAUGCUCCUAUUGCCUGCCUGUACGGACAUCAGUCGAUCGAGCACUCCAGUGGGUAUGGCAACCGCAAGUGCGAAUACCAGGGUGAACGUCUUCAGUGGACACUUCGACACACCGGCAUGGACGUUAUCCUUCCAAACCCGGAGGGCAUCACGAGGUUCUACGUCACGGACACCUCCAACAACCUGGCGGUGCUGCCUCCGAAGCCGGCCCUGCUUGGGCGCUCUGCACCCUUCAACUGGACGCAGUUCUUCUACAUGCUGCCCCAUGCGAAGAUCGGUACAAGCAAGAUGAAUGGCUGGACCAUCCUCAGCAUGCCAGUGACCGCCACCGACCUAGGCUACCAGCCCAGCUUUGACCUUUGUGCCGAACUCUGCUCCACGUUCUGGCGCAAUGGCACCCAGCGCUGUGUGGCGUUUGACUGGCGGAUGUCCAAUCACGACUGUGAGUUCUUGAAGGACCAAGGCAGACUUCCGAAUCAUACGAGGAGUUGCGCCUACUCCAAUAGCGGCCUGUCUUGCUUGUUCGCCUUGGUGCCACUGACGGAUUCCGCGGAUAGCUUCUCUAUGUGGCCCAAUCCUUGCUUCACCAUGCCAACGGCAGACAGUGACGGCAACGCGUGGAUCAUCGCCGAAUCCGGCUACGCCCCGGCUGGAGGCUGGCCCAGCUAUGUGCGAGAGGGAUACAGCUUCGACAGGGAACGCACGUUGACCUUCUUCUUGCGACCGGAGUUGCUUGAAGAAACUGCGGAGGCCCAGGCCAUGCGCGACAUGUGGCGGCAAGCAGUGCCAAAUGCACGCUGGUAUGGCACCUCGCUGGCAAAAGAGUACACGGUCGGUGACUACGCCAGGAACGGAAAUGCCAUCUUUCCGGGUGACCUGCAAGCCGAGAUCUUCAAGAACAGGGUUCAGGGUGUGGAUCCCGAUGACACGAAUCCCCCUGCCAUGCCAACGACUGCAGCAUCCUGCUUUGCAAGCGACGUUGUCGCGACAACUACGGCCGCAACAGGUGGAGAGACCGGGGGCACCAACGACCCGGGCGGCGACGGCGUGUCGUCGACUUCCACCACCGGCUCCUCCGAUGAUGGGACGAGUAGCCCAGUGCUCGGAGGGACGGCCGACAAGACCAUUGGCCUGGGAUCUCCGAUCCUACUCCUCUCGGUCAUCUUCAUGAACGCCUGA